GAAGGGAACGCGGCCUCCUCCUAAAUGGCUCCGCCCCUUGCUUCAGUCCCGCCGCGUGCCCUGCGUUCCAGUCUUCCAGCGGGACUCUAUUAAGAACGCUCCUCACGCAGGAGCAUUUCACACCGUGGCUAUGGGCAUCCAAGGAAUGAUGAGCUAUGUAGUGGAACACAAGCAAUUCUUUGUUGAACUGCGGUUGAGAAACACAAAAAUAAUAAUUGAUGGAAAUAACCUAUACCAUCGACUUUACUUCGAAUCAAAUCUGGACAUUCGGCAUGGUGGGGACUAUGAUUCUUUUACAGAUAUCACACAGAAGUUUUUUGAAACACUGAGUCUGUGUGACAUAAGACCGUAUGUUGUGCUAGACGGAGGAAGUGAUGCAUCUGAUAAGAAGUUUGCAACCUUAAAGGAAAGAGCUCAGGAGAAAAUCCAGUCGGCCUUUUCCCUCUCUCAUGGUGGUGGUGGAAGUGUAAUACCUUUACUCAUCAGAGAAGUAUUUAAACAGAUCUUAACCAAAUUACAAGUGCCUUUUGUCCAGUCCUUUUCAGAAGCAGACAGGGACAUUGCAUCAUUAGCCAAUCACUGGAAUUGCCCUGUGUUAACGUUUGAUAGUGACUUUUGUAUUUUUGACCUAAAAGCGGGCUAUUGCCCUCUGAAUUAUUUUCAGUGGAGAAACAUUUGCACACGUGAAGAGUCACGAGACUGCUACAUCCUGGCAAAGUGCUUCUCCUUAGAGAGAUUUUGUAAGUAUUUUGGCAAUAUGAACAAAACUCUCCUGCCGCUUUUUGCAGUGAUGAGUGGCAACGAUUAUAUUAACCUACCUGCUAUGGAAGUGUUCUUCAGCAAGGUACGCCUUCCUGUCGGAGGCUAUGGGAAUAAAUUUAAAAAGCACAUUCGUAUUCAGGGGCUUCUGAAUUGGCUGUCUCGUUUUGCUGAUCCUGCUGAGGCUAUAGAAAAUGUACUGAAAUAUCUUAAAAAGCACGAGAAAGAGGAGACGAGACAGUUUCUCUGUGCUUCUAUGGAGGAAUAUGAACCAUCUGAUGUCAACCUGCAAGACUUUUUUCAGAACGGAUGUUAUGAAUCAGAGGCAGCCAAGAAACAAGAAUUACCUCUGUGGAUUCUUAAUGCUUUGGCUAAGGGCCUUCUUGCACCAUUCAUUAGUGAUGUCUUGGUAUUAAGAAGAACAAUUCUCCAAGCUCAGGUAGAGAAUAUACAAAGGCCUAGCAGUCACACUGCAGCUCUGUCCAUUCGACAGGUUAUUUAUGGGCUGCUACUGAAUACUUCAGAGAGAUCCUUCCACGCCUCUGCGAGGAGGCAUCCCAUUUCACCCACUCCCACCCUUUGUGAAUUUGACAGAUUCCAAAAAGCACUCAGGAAAUCAUUUGUUCAAGCAGCACCACUGUCAGGAAUGUUUUCUCUGACUACAUUAAAUGAGGUUCCCUUAGCAGACCGUCUGCAACUUUUGUUGGACACCUUGGGAGUAACAGCCAGUGUCCUUGAGACAGUUCCUGGUCUGUUGCAGCUCCCUGUGGCAGUGACUUGUUUUUGGGUACGGUAUUCAGAACCCAAAGUGAAGUUACAGCACAUGAAGGCUUUACUACUUGGAAUGGUAUUUGGUGAAUUACACAAAAUAGUAGAGAACCCAGAGCCCGGGGCUCUUCAUGUGGAGGUCAAUAAAAUAGUGUAUAACCAGUUCCUGAAAUGGAAGGGCGAGAAAUCACAAAAAGAAGUGCUGGAACUGGACGCUGCACACAUUUUCUGCCAGUGGCAGUGCUGCCUCAAAAUGGCAUUGUAUCUCAACCAGCUACUCUCUACUCCUCUCCCUGAGCCAGAUCUAACACGGCUUUACAAUGGGACUCUUGUGCACAGACUGUACCAUGAGCUGAAAUCAGCAUCCAAAUCCAUGCCAGAGAAUUUCCUCAGUGUUUCUCCAAAGAUGAACCAGCUUUAUUGCAAUAUGGUAUGUGUAGUGAGAUGCGUCAUACCUACAGAGUUCUUCCAGAAAAAGAAGGCCAAGUCCCGUAAGAAAAAGAACAAACAAGCUGUUAAGCAAGCGCUGAAUAAGAGAGAAGCUGCUACAGUGGAAGUUCUGCCUUCAUGCAGUAUUAACAACAGAUUCAGAACAUUCAUGAUGGAAGACUAAAGUCAGUGAAAGAGGAGGACUUGUCAAAAGCCCUUUAUCUUCUUGUGUUGCUUCCUCCAACAUAGACAGCAGUUUCUAGUCUUGCCAACAAAGAAUGCAAUGUGCAUCAUACAUCAAGAAAAGAUGAUACAGACGAAGAACUGAUGUGUUUCUGGGUCUUCUCUCUGCUUCUUUCAACC